AUGCUGAAGAAGCUUCUUUCCUCUGCGAUAGAUUUUGCAGUAGUCUACCUCAUUUUACUCAUGUUGCUAACUGGAACCAUUAUGAAAAUGUUCUUAGGUAUAAACGAGAGCUUUGCUAGCAAUAUACAUACAGAAACGUUCAAAUUUGUACAAGAAUUGGAACAGAGAGAAAAUGAAGCUUGCCAAGAAGCAGAGAAAAGUCUGGAGGAUUUGAUUACCAAAAUUUCAAAGGAGAUAGAAAGAGAUUCUGAAAAGCUAGCCCUGAAGAGGAAGACAUGUGACACAGAAGAAAUAAAUGUGCAGAGUUUGAUAUUGCCAACAAACACAAAAGCCUUGAGCAAUUGA